UCUGGAGCUGCGACUGGAAAUGCCAGGGCUGUUCUAGAAAGUGUGGACCCCGCGGCGCGUGUUCUUGGCUGAGCCUGGGAAGCCGCUUCUCGCGAGCGGGGCAGGUUGCGCGUCCUCCUUCGGUCCGCUCCCAACGCUGUUUCGACGCUGGUCGCCGGAGGCUAGAUCGGCUCCUGCCGCUUCUUUGCUGCUGUUACACGGAGUCGGUGCUCGCCAGGGGCUCGGCUGGGCAGGACCAGCAUCCGCUCCUCCCUGGCCGUGCUUACAGAUUUCCCAUUGAUUCAAGAUGACUCCGUGGAUAUCAUCAUUACUGUUAAUCUACACUAUGAGCACAUGGCAUGCACAAGCAGAAUUUUUUACUUCUAUAGGCCAGAUGACCGACCUGAUUUAUGCAGAAAAAGAUCUGGUUCAGUCAUUAAAGGCGUAUAUUCAAGAAGAAGAAUCUAAGCUGUUAAAAAUUAAAAGUUGGGCGGAGAAGAUGGAAUCUCUAACUGUCAAAUCCAGUUCAGAUCCAGAGGGUUAUCUUGCACACCCAGUCAAUGCCUAUAAACUGGUGAAACGUCUAAACACAGAAUGGCUGGAGCUAGAGAAUCUUGUUCUCCAGGAUUCAACCAAGGGUUUUAUUACAAACCUCACAAUUCAGCGUCAGUUCUUCCCCACUGAAGAAGAUGAGAUGGGAGCUGCCAAGGCAUUAAUGCGUUUGCAGGACACAUACAAGCUGGACCCUGAAACAAUUUCAAAAGGAGAAUUUCCAGGAACAAAAUACAGAUCCUUCCUCACGGUGGAUGAUUGCUUUGGCAUGGGGAAAACAGCUUAUAAUGAUGGAGAUUAUUACCACACAGUAUUGUGGAUGCAGCAAGCAUUGAAACAGCAGGACAACGCUGAAGAGGCCACAAUCACUAAAGUGGAGAUUCUAGACUACCUCAGCUAUGCAGUAUUUCAGCUUGGUGAUAUACUGCGAGCUAUGGAGCUUACCAGGCGUCUGGUUGCCCUGGCUCCCAGUCAUGAAAGAGCAGGCAGUAACAUGCGGUACUUUGAGAUGCUGCUGGAAAAAGAAAAGGAGAACCAGGUGUUAAAUGAGACAUCAGACAAAACAGAAGCAACCACACAAGGUGGAAUCUAUGAAAGGCCUCAGGACUACCUGCCAGAACGUGAGACCUAUGAGGCCCUCUGCAGAGGAGAAGGUGUGAAAAUGACCCCUCAAAGACAGAAGAGACUGUUCUGUAGGUACCACAAUGGAAACAAAAACCCCAACCUGAUUGUAGCACCUUUUAAAGAAGAAGAUGAAUGGGACAGUCCACACAUUGUCAGAUAUUAUGAUGUCUUAUCUGAUGAAGAAAUAGAGAAGAUUAAGGAGGUGGCAAAACCAAAACUGGCAAGAGCUACAGUACGUGAUCCCAAAACUGGUGUACUAACUGUGGCCAGCUACAGGGUGUCUAAAAGUUCAUGGCUGGAGGAAAGUGAUGAUCCUGUUGUUGCCAAGGUGAAUAAUCGAAUGGAACAGAUCACAGGGUUAACAACAAAAACAGCCGAAUUACUGCAGGUUGCUAAUUAUGGCAUGGGAGGACAAUAUGAGCCUCACUUUGAUUUUUCAAGGAAAGAUGAGCCUGAUGCUUUCAAGCGUUUAGGGACUGGGAAUCGAGUGGCCACUUUUUUAAGCUAUAUGAGUGAUGUAGAAGCUGGAGGUGCAACAGUUUUCCCUGAUUUUGGAGCUGCAAUUUGGCCCAAAAAGGGGACAGCAGUAUUUUGGUACAAUCUCUACAGGAGUGGAGAGGGUGAUUACCGAACAAGACAUGCAGCAUGCCCAGUGCUAGUAGGGUGUAAAUGGGUAUCGAACAAGUGGUUUCAUGAACGAGGAAACGAAUUUUUAAGACCGUGUGGGAGAACAGAAGUCAAUUGAAACUGACCUACUUACCAGAUUUUUCUUUCGGCCCACUUCUUUAUGUACAGUCCAGUUCAUUUCUGAGAAAUGACUCCUACACUACUAUAAUGGAAUGAUGGCACUUUUUAUUUAAAGAAAGGCAGUGUCUUAUAGUGAAUAAAAAGAGUUCUUUUUACACUUGGUGCUACGAGGCUGUUUCUGUCCACAUGUUGCCAUCAUCUGUUUUCCUCUCCUGAUCAGGGUUUGUAACAGCAGAAAUAGUCCAUUUGCCAGUUCAGUUCCUUUUGGGUCUUGUGCCUUUGAAAUAUCCAGAGUUUUAGAUGUCACAGAUUGUCAAUGAUCCAUUUUUUAAAUAUACAAUUUUAUUGAAUGUUAGGGUGUGCAAUAAAUAUUCUUUAAGAGGA